CACAGCACGAGCAGUAAACAAAGUAAGCGCGUCUUUUUUCCAGCUUUAUAUUUGACGGAGGGCGAAAAUGAAGUCGUUCCGACAUUGUGUUUCUGAGAUGGAGAAAGAGAGUUAAGCCAUACCUACCCGAGUGCUAAAACAAUAUGGAUGCAGAAUCAUGGCCUGCCAGUGGCGAGUAUAGCCGUGGAGUAGCAGAUAACACACCAUGGGGUUCCCAAGCAUUAAACAAUACUAAUGAUAUUUCCUCUCAAUAUGAAAAAGGUAAAACUGAGGGGAAUUAUGGGGAAACAUGGGAUGAAGACUUCGAGAAUGCUUAUCCACCAUCACUACAGGGACCAGUUGCUAGGAUGCAAGGAAUACUUCCUGAAGCUACAUCACCAUCAACUUCAGCACACAAUGGCUCAAUGGCUUUUUCUCCAGAUUGCCAGACUAUUUCAUCCGGAACAACACUCGAUCCAAUAAAGUAUUCCAAGUUUUCAGUCCUCCAGCAAGAUAAUAUGGAAAAUGAAAAAGACGAUCCAGGGGAUUAUAUGGAAAGAGGAGACUCAGUCAUGAGCAACAUGGACAAUUCUGUGAAUGACCAGUUAACUGCUGCACCCAAACAGGACCUGAAACAAGACAACCCUUUCACCUGGACAUCUGUGAUCAAGGAGGCUUUAGAGAUGACUAAUGGGAUGGAAUUGGGGCAGGACCUUUUAGCAGACAUGUGUGGAAACCCGCCAAUCUAUGAUCCUCCAGCUGAGUCAGGAGCAGUGGAAUUUGUAAAGAACAGUUUUGAUCCUGCAGAUAACAAGUCAGAUGUCCAAGAAGUAAGCGAAACGAUUAAAGCACAAGAGACGACUGUUAUUAUUCUAUCAGAUGAAACCAAGAGGUCCCACUUUAAGCCCAGUCAUGAUUUCCAGCAGAGGAUCGUUACGCAGUACAGGGGUCCCCUAACUGAAGAAUCAUCACUGAAUGACAAGGUAUUCGAUGAGACAAGCUGCAGGACACUUAUGACUGAUAUUUGCUCUCUAUCACAGUGUAAAACGGCAGAGACAGAUGUUUCAUGUUUUACCAGAAGUCCCUUUUUAUCAGAGAAUAUGCAUGAGCAGUGCACAAAUUUAAACGAACAAAUGCCCUCUGUUUCUUUAGCUGCCUCAAACAGUACUGGGUAUGAAAAUUAUACAUCAGUUUUGAGUCAAGCUCCUCAACAUAGUUCUUAUACAACACCCAAAGAACAUGCACACUCAUGUGAAAAUGUCAGCACUGAGAAAUGUAUGGAGAGCCAAACUAAGAGCUGUACAGGAACUCUUCGCAAACCUGGUCAUCACUUGAAAUGUAACACUAUCUCCGCUGAACCAAGUCCUGUAUGUUCAUCUACCUCAGACAGUAAACACGAAGAACUUGUGCAUAACGUUGUACAAAAAGAGAAUCCUACACCUUCAAUGCACAACUUUAUGGCGUAUGUCCAAACGUCAAUGGAAAUUUCAAAGACUUGGACAGAGAGUAAGGAGUCUAAUCUAGUGCCUAAGAAAGAAAAAUCCAGAUCGUACACCGAAUGCACACCAGGAAAACCGGAUGUACUGACCGUUUUCGCUGAGGAUUCUUGCAAAGUGGUGAGAGAAAAAGAAAAUGUGUUGGAGGACACGCCUACCUGUGGUCAAAGUCACUUUUUGUGUGACCUUUCAUCAUCAGAUACAAACAAUACAUCACUAAUGAUAAGUAACAUCGACAAGGAGACACGUGAAGGCCGAAUAAUCACUCCGAAUGUUGGAUCUGUCAGUAAUGAUACUUCUGCUCAUUAUAAUUUAAAGGUGCAGUCACAGUCUUUAAUUAUCAACUCAAGCCCUGAGACAGGGGUAACCGAUGUUCUCGUUUUGGAGAACACAAGUGAAGACAGAAAGUCUGAAGUAAAUUUUGGAAGUUUACAAACAUCCACUGAUUUCUUUGAGAAAGAAACAACCCUGUUAGAGCCUUGCAAAGACCAUACCACUCACCAAACGAACCAUGAAUGUAAAAUCGGACUUGAUUGUAAGUCUUCCUGCCUCCUCAACAACGCCAGUCCUCUGGCUAAAAUGAAAAAAAAAAAAAGGAAAAAUGCAAAUCAGGAGCCUUUCAAAAACUUAGCUCAAGAUGUGCAGGAUACUAGAAAAAAUUCUAGACGGUUGAAGCGUAAAACAAAGACAGAAAAAAUGCGAUCGCGACCCACGAAUAUUAGGAAAUCACACCGUACUGCCAUUACUGUACGUAAAGGAAAAAAACUUUUACAGAACCGCCACGCAAAAAUAAAAGAGAAUAGAUUUUUCAGGAAAAAGCGGAAAGUCAAGCGUCCAGCUUUAGUUUCUGACAGUGGACAGAAUCAGUGCAUGAAUACAAGUAAAAUGUCCACCAAUCGCACAGGAAAGGUGUUCAAGACAUCUUCAGGUCCCCAACCAAAUAUUUUUCAGAAAGGGUCGAGCAAAGCCAGAAGACUAUUAAAGUGCUUUGAAGAACCAUUAAAGACUGACUCACAUCCUGAGAACUUUGAUGACAUGAUGUCUCAAAGCGAACAUGCAAAGGAUUUUUGUUUAAACGCCAGUAAUAAACUACUGAAAAUGGCUUCUGAUUCACAAAACAGCACAAAUGUGACUGGAAGCAGAAAACAAGCAUUGUGGAAUAAAAGUAGCAAAGAAAAACCUGAAAUCACAGAGCUAAAUGGUGACGCCGGUUUUGAGUUGUCUCUGCAGUCCACUGUUAAAACUACAGGAUUCCAUUCCUGCCAUAAAAAUGCAUUUUACACAGAAGUUGAGGACAAAAAGUCAAGAAAUCUUUUAAAGGAUGUAAAUGUGAAGGCAUCUGAUAAACAUCAGGAGGAACGAUCGGAAAGAAAUGUUGGUGGAUCACAUUCUGCAGUUCAAAAUGUAGACGGAUUUACACAGUAUUGUGAUAAGGACUGUGUGACCACACAGAAUAAGGACGUUUGUAAAGUACCUGAUGCUGUUAAGAGCACAAAACUAGCAAAGAAACUGAUCCAAUGCAAGUACUGUAGUCUAUCCUUCCGUCAUAUCUCUGCCUAUAUGGUUCACCAGCGUAUUCAUACAGGCCACAAACCUUACAGGUGCGAACUCUGCAGCAAGAGCUUUGCUCAGCUGUCCAAACUCAAAUCCCAUAGAUGUGUCCAUGUCCAUUCUGUGUCUCUGCCAUGUCCAUGCUGUGGUAAAAAAUUCUCAGAAAAAAAGGAUUUGAUAGCUCAUUUUACAACCCAUGUAAAGGACACCAAGAGAAACAAGGAAUCAGACCAACAAGACAAAUCAAGCAAAUCUGAUGCCCCAUGUAGCAAGAGCAAAACUUGCAACAUUUCUAGCAACAAAUUUCCUGCUGGAUAUAUACAGAAAAUCCAUAAACAUGACCAGGAUAAGCCUGUGUCCUGUAAGAACUGUGGAAAAGAAUUUUCAACAUCUUCAAAGCUAGCAGUUCAUGAGAGGACACACUGGCCUGUUAAACCAUAUGCCUGCUCCAUAUGCGCCAAAGGUUUUACUCAGAUCAACGCUCUGAAAAAGCACUCUCGAAAGCACACAGGGGAGACACCUUUCUCCUGUUCACACUGUCAUCUCGCAUUCUUUGACCUUCCUGCAUUGCGGGUCCAUCAGCUAUCCAAGCUUUGCAAUCGCAAACAGAGUUUUGAUCUCGAGGGCUUCCUAGUCAGUCAUGGAGUUGACGGAGAAGUAAAUACACCAACGUUCUUCAAGUGCCAAAUAUGCAAACAACUCUAUCAGAAGUGGUGUCAAUAUACUCUUCACCUUCAAACCCACACAAAGUCUUCAUCGUAUCUUUGCUUUUCUUGCGGGCAGAGCUAUGAAAAGGACUCUGAAGUCAGCUUUCAUUGUAGGGUAUGCUGUCAGAAAAGUGGGGAGGAGGUGGCUUGUGGGUCUUCACUUUCUGAAAUCUUGCAUAGUGAUCCCAGAAAUUGCACCAACUUGAAAGAGGGUUCACCAACUGGCAUGUAUUCUGUAGAGGCUUCCAAAAGCAAUUCUCCAUCAAGUGCUAAUUUACACAAGAAUUCCCAAACUUUAAAUAAUCUGCGUACAGAACACAUUGAGCCAGAGUCUUCUGAGCUGGUAAAGACACCAGAUUUGCCUGAAACCGAGACAGUGCAUCUGUUUGAUGACGAUCGCGUGCCUGCAUCACCCACCUCCACUCUCAUGAGUUGUGCCUCCUUGAACGAGUCUCUGGAGUGUGUUGAAACAUCACCAAGUCUCUGGAGAUUUAAAUGCCCACAUUGUGGUCAGAGGUACAAGCGAUACAGAACUUUGCGCCUUCACAUGCAAACACAUGUCCCCGCUUUUAGGUAUGUUUGUAGUCACUGUGGCCGGACCUUCAAAAAGUGGAACAGCCUGUGGUUGCACCAGAGGAUUCAUCGUCGGAAAGGCCGUCGCUAUUCUUGUCCACAGUGCAAUGUCCAAUUUCACAUCUUUAGUGCUUAUAAAAUGCACCUGCAGAACCAUGCUAAAGAAAGACCCUACGCUUGUCCUCUUUGCUCCCAAACCUUUUCCCAUGAAGAAGCCUUGCAUGUUCACCAGUGCACUUCACUUCAUCAAUCGGCAAGAAAAUUAAAAUGUGAUGUUUGUGCCAGGAGCUUUAGUAGUUCGACAAACUUGGUUAAGCAUGGUCUCUUUCACAACGGUGCUACAUCUUAUCGGUGCCUUCUCUGUGUUAGUUCCUAUACAAAUAACGAAAGUCUACAGGAUCAUUUGAAUGUCCAUGACAACACUGCCAGCCUCCUUCCUUCCAUCCCAUCUAAGCCCAUAACAUUUCUACACAAAUGCAAUAGAUGUAAGAGCAGCUUCUCGACCGGGGAUCUACUCUAUGCUCAUCAGUUGUGUCAUACCGGAGACUUAAAGAGGCAAGUCCGUCCUAACCAAAGCAGUAAAUCUACCUCAGUUAGCCUUGAAGGCGCACGGGCAUCCACAAGCGUAUCUGUGCUAUCAAGUCUUAACCUUGAUGCCAUUCCAAAGGAGACACUUUUUAAAUACCCCCACCCAGAUAAGCUCUACGUACCACCUCAUCUUUCAAGAAGAUCAAAAAAUCUCAAAAUCAUUUACCAAGAUUCAAUGGAUGAGGACCUUGAACAGGAAUCAAUCAGUACCCCUGUUACUCCAAACAGUAUCGCUGGACCUCCUGGACAAAACAUUCCUCAAGAAUAUUCUGAAACUGCGGUGUCAGACCAACCUCAGUCUUUGGAAAGCCAAGAAUCUGUUCAGUCUCGGAAUAUCGAUACGAUUCCAGUGCUUUACAUUGACCCGGUAAGCGAGAAUUUUAUUCAUAGUGUUUCGCCUCAAACAGCCAGGUUUUUUGAGACAAGCGUAAUUUUGGGGGAACCGACAACCACCAUUAGUACUGUGAAUCCUGCUGAAAAUGAAAGGCAGGACGAGAUCUUUGAAUGUGCAGACUGCUCCGAAAAGUUACACAGUCUUAUGGGAUUAUACGAACAUUAUUUUCUGCAUGCAGUAGGGAAUACAAACCUUUACAGAAUUCUUUGACAAUGACUCUUUCAAGCUCCCAUACACUCGUGCAUCAAGAGGUUUAAUGACUUUUGAGGAUUACUUCGAACAAGGAAAUGAUGCGUUUAGAUUUGUUUUUACUAGUUGCAGUAUUAUUGAAAAAAAAAAAAAAAAACACAAAGAAUGUAAUGUAAACAUCACCAGGAUGAUACACAGGUGCUCCACACACAGCAUGUAAUAUUGCAAAAAGUUUACUUUUUGCAAAAAGUUUUUAUUUUUACUCUUCAGUCAAAUACAAGAGUGUUUCCCCAUGCUACUUUUGUGCCUUGUUAUUCUUUUUACAGCAUUCAUUUUAAAAGCCUGACUUUGUACUUUUUUAUAAAGUAGAAUCCUAUAUUGUUUGGAUUUAUGUGAAUUUUAGUCAUAAAUUGAUGCAUAUUGUUUACAAACUGGUGUCAUUCUGUAAUGCCAGCGCUGUUAUACUCUACAGUAAUAUCUCUACCUGCACUGGAAUCCUAUCAGAAAAAAAUCCUUUUAUUUGAAAACUGUUGUUGUGGUUAAAUGUGUUAUAUGGCUGAAUACUGUAUCAGUACAAAAAAUAAAGUGACCAUGUCUGUUUAAGGAUC